GCAGUGCAACCUGCCUGAGACAGUCACAUUAGGUACACAAGGACAGAGGAUUAUCUGGAUUCUAAAUGAGCAUUAGGAGCAGCUCUUUUCUGAUGUCACACUGUACCGUCAGUGAGAGCUUAAAGGCUAUGUGGUUGUUAAAACCUAGAGGCUGGGUUUACAGUUGGAGACAGGGGACAUAUUGUGAAUGUAUUGCAGAAGUGAACUUUGUCUUUGGACUGAACAAUAGAGAAGAACUUCAUUAGACAUUGAUCUCUGUAGCAGCAAGGUGUUGCUCAUGUUUCACUCCAUGCUUUCUGACUGAACAUCAAGGUCGCCAGCGCAACAGCUGAUAUCACGGACAGCUGUAACACGCACCAGAAGAUAGCAUUACAGUCUCCCUCUGGAGAAGAAACAGGUUGAAUUUCCCCCAGAGGACUCCGUGUGCAACUGGGUGUUACAGAAAUCCUAAAAGUGCUUUGUGCUACUCACUGAGAUCAUGUACGUGCUGUGCCCACUACUGCUGCUGUCCAUCUACAGCCUGCUGAAAAGACAGAAAGCUGUGCAGCUUCCUGAAGGCAAGGCAGCAGAGUUCACAGAGAAACCGAGCAAAAAUUUGCCCUAUACACAGUGCAGGAAAACGGGAAAUCCUGUCAGGGUCAAAAACCAAGACCAGCACACAUCAUGCACCACCAACCAGCUGGAGGUACCUGAGUGCAGCAAGAGAGCCCAGCGGUACGCUCUGCUUGGCCCAGCGGUCAUGUUUGGCACACGAAAGACGUGGGACCUUGGCCACGCCCCCUGCCUUCAGGAGCUCUGGAACACCGACCUCUCAUUGGACGCAAGCUCAGUGGAUUUCCUGAUCAGCGAUGGUGAGGAGGAGAGUUCCUUCCUGACACUGCCCAACUCAGUCCUCCAACGCCGCCGUUUGACCUCGGACCUCCCCGAUCCCAGCCUCUCUGACCAGCAGCUGCUUAUACAGGCGCUCCAAGAAAAAGUGUGCAAAUUCCAAGCUCGUUUACGUAGCGAAGACGCCACUGAUAGACGGCUUCUACAGCGAACACGCACACCACAAAUUAAUCAAGACCAACAGAACAAAACAGACACAAACCAAGAGCAUCCACUCACCAGUCAAGAGAUUCUUGAACAGGACAGCCAGCUCAGCCAAGCUGGCUUCAAGACAAAAGUAAGGCAACUCGGUGCAGAAUCCCCACGUCCUCAGGAUUAUCCUGACAUUGCUGCAGAAAGGAAAGUUCCUUGGCAUAAAGAAGAGGUGCAUCAGCUUGCUCUCAUCACAGGGCUACACACACAGAUUGAGGAGCUGGAGAAGAAACUGGUGGACCGGACUCAGGAGGUGGAGAGACUGCGCUCUGAGCUGGGGGCGACAGACCUGGAGAAGCAGCUGGAGCUCCUAGAGAGCGAGAAUCAGCGGCUCAGACAGGAGCUUAAGUCCGGCAGCAUCCAUGAGCCUGCAUAUACCUGCUCCACCUCCACCUGCCCUCACAGCCAGGAGACAGCGGCCCUACGCGGGGCACUCUCCAUAUGUGAGGAGCGCUGUAAGGAGUAUGAGCGACACAUGGCCAAGCUUGAGCAUCAGCUUGGGGAGCGAGCGUGCACAGUGGACGAGCUCCGCAACCAACUGGCGGAGGCAUUAAAGAGCCGAGAAAAGCUUCAGGAGCAUCUCUCACACACAGAGGAAAUACUGCGACAGCACAGUGCAGCAGCACCAUCUCAGGCAGCAGAGGCUGAGUCGUAUCAGUGGAAACAGGCUCUAAUGGAGGCACAGACACGUAACCAGGCUCUCCAGGAGCAGCUGGGUGUCCAGCGACAGCUCCUCCGAGAACUUGAACAGAAGCUGCGAGACAGCCAGAGAACCAACAGCGAGCUACGCCAGCAGAUCCUGGCAUAUGAGGGUGAGAUGGAGCGAACUCGCAGCCAGCUUGCGUCUGAGAUUCAGAAUCUUGAGGAGGAGAAGAACAGAGUCGUAGAGGAGGCGUUUAUCAGAGCCGAGAGCGAAAUGAAAGCUGUGCAUGAAAACCUUGCCGGUGUAAGAAUGAAUUUGCUGACACUGCAGCCUGCUCUGAGAACUCUUACAUGUGACUACAACUGUCUGAAGAGGCAGGUCCUGGACUUCCCCUACAUGCUGCAGAAGGCUAUUGCUGAGGCUAAACAGGAGAUUUGCCACAUGAUUGCAGAGGUGAGCAAUACCAACCAGGAGCUGCUACGCAAAUACAAGAGAGAAAUGAACCUGAGAAAGAAGUGCCACAACGAACUGGUUCGCCUCAAAGGAAACAUUCGCGUGUUCUGUCGCGUGCGUCCCAUCUGCAAGGAGGAAGUGGAGGCUGACAGCAAGAGUGUGGUGACCUUUGACUCUGACGAUGACGCAGUGCUCUACCUUUCCAACAAGGGCAAGCUUAUGGCCUUUGACAUGGACAAGGUCUUCACACCUCAGGCCACGCAAGCAGAGGUGUUUCAGGAAGUGCAGUCUCUUGUCACAUCCUGCAUAGACGGCUAUAAUGUGUGCAUCUUCGCUUAUGGGCAGACUGGUUCAGGAAAAACCUACAGCAUGGAGGGUAUUCCUGAGGACCCAGGCAUUAACCAGCGAGCUCUGCAUCUGCUUUUCUCUGAGGUUUCUGAGAAAAUGCCUGACUGGCGCUACACCAUCACUGUCAGCAUGGUGGAGAUUUACAACGAGACACUGAGGAAUCUAUUAGGUGAAAACCCCAGUGAGAAGCUGGACAUUAAGAUGUGUCCUGAUGGUAGCGGUCAGCUGUAUGUGCCUGGUCUUACUGAGAUCACUGUGAAGAGUGUGGAGGAUAUUAAUAAGGUUUUUGAUCUGGGUCACAUGAACAGGGCAACAGCAUGUACCAACCUGAAUGAGCACAGCUCUCGCUCUCAUGCUCUCCUCAUCAUUACCGUGGUCGGCUUCAACUCCUCCACAGGACACCGCACCUCAGGCAAGCUGAAUCUUGUUGAUCUGGCUGGUUCAGAAAGAAUAUCUAAAUCUGGCGCUGAGGGAAGUCGCCUGCGUGAGGCUCAGUGCAUCAACAAGUCGCUUUCUGCGCUGGGUGACGUCAUCAAUGCGCUGCGCUCACGCCAUUCACACGUCCCUUUCAGAAACUCACGGCUCACGUACCUUCUACAGGACUCGCUUAGCGGAGACAGCAAGACACUAAUGCUUGUACAGGUGUCUCCUGUAGAAAGCAAUAUCAUUGAGUCCGUGUGCUCUCUGAAGUUUGCCCAGCGUGUUCGCACAGUUGAGCUUGGACCGGCCUCCUCUUCACGAAGGCAUACCGAGAACUCUUCAACGUCCUCCUCGCCUACCCACGACAGCGUGGAGUUGGACUCUCCACCCAUAACUCCUGUGCUCUUACCCAUCUCCCGGGCAAGCAGCGUGGGCUCCUCUCUCUCCUCUAUCUCCAGAGUCUCCAGCACACGGAGAAGAUCCCAGAGCCAGCAAGCUCCAGACAGACUGGUAGACAGAGGCAGUCCAUUGCUUGGGGACAGUGGGCAGGACGAAUGAAGCUUGCCACAUAGGACGAAGCGAGCGUGCUGAGAAAAUGCUUUUCAGUACGCUCUAGCCAGAGUUUAUUUUCCACACCGGGGACAGGGACAAACCAAACUGGCAAAUCAGGGAUAUGUACAACAUUUCUGUGAGAGACUUGACUUCUUGUUGCUGACUGAAGAAUCUGACGUCAUCCUACGAGCUCUGCGCUGUCUCCGGGGAACGUGUACACUUCCUGCCUCACGUCUCAGUGUUCGUGGACGUCUAUGCACUUUAGAACAUGCUGAUCUGAUUAUUCAUGGUGUUAAUAACCCGGUCAAGUUUAAGACUAUCACUUGACUGGAGUUGAUCUUUAAAUAUGUGCUCUGUCUCUUAUCUGAGAGAAAAAUGCUAGUGUAUUCUUUUUUUUUUAUUCCACAAUGCAUCCUUUUUAUUCAAAGCCUAAGAACAAAAUCAAAGUUCCAAAAACGUGUAGCAGACGCAGUAAGCAAUAACCUGAGGCUGAGUUUAGCUGGUCUCCGUUAGUGACAAAGCUCUUAUUUAGUAUUCUGUAUAUUUGGUAUCCUGAAGGCAGCAUAUUGAAGUCUUCCUGAUUUAAGCAUGUAUACUUUCAAUUUUGUCAUCAGCAGAGGAUUUUUUUCAUGCCAUACUGCUGUGAAUAGGAAUGCUUUGAAUUUUCACCCACAGUCAGAACUGCAUUUCCACUGGACAAACUCUUUCAUCUGAAACAGACAAUCGAGAGAAAACAGAUACUGCUGACUGUGGGGUUUUGCUAGCUUCGGUCCAUUUAUAGCAUAGCUUUGUAUGCAUCAUUUUUUUUUGUACACUUUUUAAUAAAUGCCUUAAACAUGAA